CUCCUUCACACUGGAUGCAGUCCCAGCAGGUUAUCAUUUACGGAGGAGAGAUAACGUUAGAGAGCUCGGAUGAUGCUUCAAAUUACACCUUUUCCAUGCUUUUCAUUCGUAGAAAAGCAGUGACAGAGACAUUUUAGAUGAAUGUGACAGAAGAACAUUUGAUCCAACCAGAUUCUUGAGACAAAAACAGAUGGCAAGAAGAACAAGGAUGUUUUUGACAUUUCCUGGUAUAGUGGUUGUCUGUCUGCAUCUUCUGGGUGGCUCAAUGGAGACAGCCAAUGAAGUAGACCCAUACAAGAUUCUUGGAGUGACCAAAAGUGCAAGUCAAGCUGAAAUCAAGAAAGUGUACAAGCGCCUAGUUAGGGAAUGGCAUCCGGACAAAAACAAAAAUGAAGGCGCUGAAGAUAUGUUCAUCAAGAUUACCAAAUCUUAUGAGAUAUUAUCCAAUGAGGAGAAGAGAACCAACUAUGACAGGUAUGGCCAGACUGAUGACACCCAGCCGUAUGGUCAUGGUCACUAUGGUCACCGCCACGACCACUUCUACUUCGACGAGUCCUUCUUCCACUUCCCAUUCAACAAUAAGGGCAACCGGGAGUUUGCCGACAGCAAGUACGCUCUGCACUUCAACCAGUAUGUGAAUGACGUGGUGCCUGACAGCUAUAAGAGACCGUACCUGAUCAAAAUCACAUCCGACUGGUGUUUCAGCUGUAUCCACAUUGAACCGGUCUGGAAAGAGGUUGUGUUGGAGCUGGAAGCCUUGGGUGUGGGGAUUGGUGUGGUGGACGUUGGUUAUGAGAGACGUCUGGCCAAUCACCUCGGUGCUCACCGCACCCCAUCCAUACUGGGGGUCAUCAACGGGAAAGUGACCUUCUUCCACUACGCUGUGGUGAAGGAGCACCUGAGGCAGUUUGUGGAGGACCUGCUCCCUCAGAGACUGGUUGACAAGGUUACAGACAGGAACGACUUUCAAUUCCUGAACAGCUGGCAUGAGCAGAACAAGCCGCACGUGCUUCUGUUUGACCAAGUGCCUGUAGUUCCACUCUUGUACAAGCUGACUGCUUUCGCCUAUAAGGAUUAUGUUCAGUUUGGAUACGUGGACCAGGGCCUGUCAGAGACCGCGAACCUACUGAAGCAGUUCAACAUCAACACCUACGCCCCCACCAUGCUGGUCUUUAAGGAGAGUACAGACAAGCCUGCAGACAUUAUACAGGCUAAAGGGAUGAAGAAACAAAUCAUUGAUGAAUUUAUAACGAACAACAAGUUUCUCCUCGUACCUCGACUGGUGAACCAGAAACUGUUUGAUGAACUUUGCCCUGUGAAGCAGUUCCACCGACGCAGGAAGUACUGUGUUCUACUGAUCACUGGUGAUGAGGAGUCCUAUACCAUAGGAAACCAGGCCUUCCUCACAUUUGCCUCUACCAACACUCUGGAGGUGGUGAGGUUUGCCUAUGUCUACCAAAGACUGCAACAAUCACUGUGUGAUAUUCUGCUGAAGACUAAGGACAGCACACCUCCACCACCACAGGUGUUCAUCUUGGAGCGUCGUAACCCAGCAGGGAAGGUCCUGUACAAAGAGGUGGCGGGCGGUUGGAAUGGUACUGAUGAGGAUAAACAACGUCUGUUGGAUGAGCUGGAGAGGCUGCAGAAAGACCCCUCCAUCCUCAACUACGACGCCAUGCUGCCGGAGCUCAACAAUGAGUUUGCCUCUAUGUUUCUUAUUCGAUGGAUCUACACAGCGUAUGAUUACAUUUCUGAAAUCCUUGAUGAUAUUCUUCAUAAUAAUUGGCGUGAGAUGAUGCCCCUCCUGUCGUUGAUAUUCUCUGCCUUGUUCAUCCUGUUUGGCACGGUGGUGGUUCAGGCCUUCAGUGACUCCAGUGAAGAUGGCAAAUCCAAACCGAAGGCAAAAGAAGGAACUAAGGCAGCAAAUGGGUCACCGGGUAGCAGCAGCACCUCAAGUCGCCCACCUAAGAAGAACUUUGUGGAGGUGACGGAGCUGACAGACAUCACAUACACCAGUAACCUGGUGAAGCUGAGACCAGGCCAUAUGAACGUGGUACUGGUGCUCACUGAUGCCACCAAGAAUGUCUUACUCAGCAAGUUCGCCAAAGAAGUCUACUCUUUCACCGGGAGCCUGACUCUGCACUUUUCCUUCCUGAACAUGGACAAGCACAGUGCGUGGAUGGAAACACUGUUGGAGUUUGCCCAGGACGCCAUGCAGAUAGACACCGAAGAGGAUGACUGUGACCGCCACAAGAUAGACUACACAGGCUAUGUGCUGGCACUCAACGGCCAUAAGAAGUACCUCUGCCUCUUCAAGCCUGUCUACACUGGGGAGGAAGGCGGGUCCUCCGAGGAGGAAGGGCCUGGGGGCGCCACUGGGGGAGGGAAGAGGUCUAGGUCCGGGUCCAGGGACGACCACCCACCACGCAGGUCUACGCCCAGGUCCCGCUCCACCGCCACACUGCAGAUCCACCACAAACUGGACCGCCUGGGGCUGUGGAUGGAGAGGCUUAUGGAGGGAACUCUGCCCCGGUACUACAUUCCUGGCUGGCCGGGCCUGGACAAGAUCACAGGCCCCAAAUAGAAAUCGUGUCAAUUACUUAUACUGUACGUUGUGAAAAAAUAUCCCCAAAAAGAUAUGCUUGGAAGUUUGAGAUGCAUUGCAUGCACACAUCCCAAGUCAGGAUACAGGCCUAAAUGGACGCGUUCCAAAGCUAUCUGUGUUUAAAAGCCACGACGACGCCGAGGUAUCCUCAUGGCUGUGUUCAGAGGCUACUGUAUGUUUUGAGUGAUUGCACUAGGACAUGGUUUGAAGAAAUUACAUUCAAUAGUGAGGUUGGCUUGGCUCAUUGCGACAACUGUACCACAUUUAUCUGCCGUCAUGUUCUGCUGCCUUUUUUGCACUUGAAAUAUUUAUUUGUUACGGAAGUACUUAGAAAAGUAGGUUCAGUAAAAGAGGGAGGGUACAGAAUAUGGUGGAUCUCAAAAGCAACAACCGUUGAACAGUUCCUAGAUUGCGUUCCCUUUCGGAUCCCUUCCUCUGCAUGCUGUCAUUAGUUAGCUACUUAGUUCUAAUAUCGACUGCUGUUACAACCUCUAGAUGAGCUAACUGAAUCACUGUGGUCAUAAGUAGACUCCUGCCUUUUUAGAACCGUCAUCCAUCAUUAUUCAAAUAUCUAAUCUAUCAGAUUGUGCUUUGAUACUAGCUUCACUGUCCCAAUGGUGAUUGGUCAGUACUGUGAAUAGUGAUGCAUGUCUCUACUAGAUCUAUUUUCUUCACCAUUUUGACCUCACUCCCAAAAAAUAUAUUUUAUUCUUGUGCAAUAUAUACUGUAACUACAAUGCCUUCCAUUUAUCCUUGGCUGCUAAUAUUUCAUGUUCAUUCUUAUUCAUGUAGAAAUAGGCUAUUUAAAAAAAAAAGUCUAACGUUAUACUUUAGCUUUUUGUUACAUGACCAAGUUUUUUGCAUUAGUCUAUUUCCCUUUAUUUUUUACAUGAAAGACAAGAGAAACCCGCACACUGCUCUUGCUAGUGUCACUGUUCUUUAUUAGGCUUUACAUAUCGUCCUCUUGGCCUUCGUCAGAGCUUUUUUAGUUUUACAACAGAACAUGGCCAGUGGCUUCACAUAGCAAUGAUAUAGUGUACAGUGGCUUGUGAAAAUAUUCACCCCCCUUGGCAUUUUUCCUAUUUUCUUGCCUUACAACCUGGAAUUAAAAUAGUUUUUUUGGGGGGUGCUUUGUGUCAUUUGAUUUACAUGCCUACCACUUUGAAGAUUCAAAAUAUUUUUUAUUGUGAAACAAACAAGACCCCAAAGUCAAUACUUUGUAGAGGCACCAUUUGCUGCAAGUCUUUUGGGGUAUGUCUCUAUAAGCUUGGCACAUCUAGCCACUGGAAUUUUUGCCCAUUCUUCAAGGCAAAACUGCUCCAGCUCCUUCAAGUUGGAUUGGUUCCGCUGGUGUAUAGCAAUCUUAAGUCAUACAACAAAUUCUCAAUUGGAUUGAGGUCUGAGCUUUGACUAGGCCAUUCCAAGACAUUUACAUUUUUCCCGUUAAACCACUCGAGUGUUGCUUUAGCAGUGUGCUUAUGGUCAUUGACCUACUGGAAGGUGAAUCUCCGUCCCAGUCUCAAAUCUCUGGAAGACUGAAACAGGUUCCCCUCAAGAAUUUCCCUGUAUUUAGCAUCAUCCAUCAUUCCUUCAAUUCUGACCAGUUUCUCAGUCCCUGCCGAUGAAAAACAUCCCCACAGCAUGAUGCUGCCACCACCAUGCUUCACUGUGGGGAUAGUGUUCUCGGGGUGUUGGGUUUGCGCCAGACAUUUUCCUUGAUGGCCAAAAAGCUCAAUUUUAGUCUCAUCUGACCAGAGUACCUUCUUCCAUAUGUAGGGGAGUCUCCCGCAUGCCUUUUGGCGAACACUAAAUGUGUAUGCUUAUUUUUUUUCUUUAAGCAAUGGCUUUUUUCUGGCCAGUUUUCCGUAAACCCAGCUCUGUGGAGUGUACGGCUUGAAGUGGUCCUAUGAACAGAUACUCCAAUCUCCGUUGUGGAGCUUUGCAGCUCCUUCAGGGUUAUCUUUGGUCUCUUUGUUGCCUCUCUGAUUAAUUCCCUCCUUGCCUGGUCUGUGAGUUUUGAUGGGCAGCCCUCUCUUGGCAGGUUUGUUGUGGUGCCAUAUUCUUUCCAUUUUUUAAUAAUGGAUUUAAUGGUGCUCCGUGGGAUGUUCAAGGUUUCAUUUUUUUUUUUAUAACCCAACCCUGAUCUGUACUUCUCCACAACUUUGUCCCUGACCUGUUUGGAGAGCUCAUUGGUCUUCAUGGUGCCGCUUGCUUGGUGGUGUUACAGACUCUGGGGCCUUUCAGAACAGGUGUGUGUAUAUAUACUGAGAUCAUGUGACAGAUCAUGUGCCACUUAGAUUGCACACAGGUGGACUUUAUUUAACUAAUUAUGUGACUUCUGAAGGUAAUUGUUUGCACCAGAUCUUAUUUAGGGGCUUCAUCGCAAAGGCGGUGAAUACCAAUGCACACAACACUUUUUGUCUUUUUUUAUUUUUAUUUUUUAGAAAUUUUGAAACGAGUCUCUCUUUUUUUUAUUUUUUUACUUCACCAAUUUGGACUAUUUUGUGUAUGUCCAUUACAUGAAAUUGAAUUAUAAAUACAUUAAAAUUACAGGUUGUAAUGCAACAAAAUAGGAAAAACGCCAAGGGGGAGGAAUACUUUUGCAAGGCACUGUGUGUUGGAGAAUGGACAACAUUUCAUGCGACAUUAUCUGAUCUAUUUUGAAAUAAAAAACUAAACUUUAUUGUGCUUAACUCAAAUUAAUUUACAAACAAACUAAUAUUGUUGUCAUGACAAUAGUUUAGUUGGAUUUGGAAAUGCUGUACAUGUUCUACCACGUCAUCUGUACAUAUAUUAACAUACUGUAAUACAUCAAAUAUGUGUUGUUUUUACAUGGAUUUAUUAUAAUCAUGUGGUCAUAUCAUUCACCAAUACUGUUGUUUGUUCCAUUUAUAAACAUGUUUUUGUUACAAAAUUACUAAAGUACAAUGUUGACUAAAUAAAUGAAUCUGAUGUUUGA